CCAAACUCCUGAAAUUCCUCUCAAAUCCCCUGAAAAAAGCAAACUUCUUUGGCCGCCAUUCCGUGCGAUUUUGACUUCAAAUUCUCACAAAAGCCCGCUCUUUUUCCGUUUUUCUUUUCUUAUUUCCAUAUGGCAAAAGAGCAAAACCACGACGCUGCCAUCAUCAACCCUCUUCGACGCCAGAGCAAAGACGAAGAUAGGGAAUUGGAAUUUGGAUCCGACGAGCCUGAGGCUCCAUUGCCUCUCACUGCUACUUCCCGGGUCUUGUAUAUGUUGGGAGAUAUCGCGGCAGGGCCUGCGUUUAGGUUUACGCAAUGGCUCGAAUCGGUUCGUAAACGCACUGCCAGAAAUCGCCCCUCUGGCUUCCCCCACCGCCUUACGAGGCUUCCCGAUGCUAUGCCUAGUUCAGAAGGAUCAAUGGACGAUCCAAAAAGUAUUUCACCUCCUGUGCAAACAACAGAACUUAGUUUGUGGGAAAGACUUGGUAAUGCUGCUAUCUUGGACAUCGAAUCUAGUUCUUUUUCUUGGGAGAGGCUCUCUUCACUGCAUCACACUGAACACAACAGCAGCACUGAACAUUCUGAGGAUGAAAUGAACAAAGCUCUUGAGGUAACUGUAAAUUCUGGUGGAGUUGUCUUCUUUGCCUUCUUUAAUCGCCUUGGGAGUGAUGAUACUUCUUCAAAGGAGGAAGCUGCUGUAAUAAAAAUAUCAUCGUCUAGAAUGGCGACACAAUCUGAACGCCUUGGAUAUGAAUUUGCCAAGUGGUUGGGAGUCCAAACUCCUCAGGCUAGAGUUAUUCACAAUACCAGUCCAGAGUGGCUUCAAAUAAAGGAAGCUGCAGAAAAAGCUAGAAAUAGAGCAUUUUCUGAAGGAGAUGAAAUUGGUGAAAUGACUUGUUUAGAACUUUUGGAAGCACUCGAGCUUAGUAGGUGCCUCUUUUUUAUGAGUUAUAUACAUGGGUCACCUUUGUUAGAAAGCUCAACUGCAUUUGAGUCUCAGGAAUCUGCUGAAAGAACGGCAGCAGCUCUUGGCAGGGUAUUGAUGCUAGACCUAGUCAUCAGAAAUGAAGAUAGGCUCCCAUGCCGUCAGCUUAGAUGGCGUGGGAAUUCUGCAAAUUUGCUGUUGGCUGAAAAGAUGAUGUCUGCAACCGCUAACUCUCUUGAAAAGGCCUUUGAUUCUGCCAUGAAUCAAUAUAGACCAAGGGUGAUAAGGGCACUUCAAAAAGAAAGAAGAUCAACUUCUGUAGGUAUCAGAUUGAGUCCUAAUAAUCCUGGAUUGCUUUCACAGGCCUCUGAUACCUCAGAUAUCUCAGAAUCACCAAGUUGUAGUGACAUUAGCCUUGAAAGUCCAACUUCCGGUGAAUCACAAUGUACUGACAUUGUGGCUAUUGAUUCUGGUGUUCCUCGGCGACCCCCUGCUGGAAAACGUGCAGAUGAUCAGGCUAAUUAUCCUAAGUUGGUUGAGUUACUUAUCAAUAGUUCUGGGUUUUGCUCGAACCUGUUACAUGAUAUCACUGGAGGAAAAUUAGGAUCUCCUUCACUAGAAGAAAUUAAUAAAACUACUGAUGUAUAUGCAAGUGAGACAGCAUCAGUAGUUCAUGAGUUCCGUAGCGGUUUCCGUGCUGCUCUUAGAGAUCUUCAGGGAUUUCAUAUAUUCCUACUUACUCUACACCAAAAGCUUGAUAGCUUAUUAAGGUCAUUUAUGAACAUUAUAAGCAAAACAUCACCAGGGGAGUCUGACAAAGAGGAUUCAAUGGUUCCUGAUUCACCUUCACUAAAUACUGGAGACGGUAGCUGUCCAUCUCCAGCAACCAAGGACAGAUCUGUUAUCGAAAACCAUCCAGAUUAUAGUGAUUCAGAAUCACAGAGAACCGCUCCAAGGGUAUCAUGGUCAGGGAAUAAAGAAAACUCUGAUACUGCUUCUCCUAUGUCAAGGGAAGGUUGGCAUGGAAAGUUCUACAAAGGAAGUGGGGAUCCACUUCGUAGUAGUCUUCGCUUAACAGCAAAGCUACGCGACUUCCAUAAAUAUGCAAAGGUUGAUGCAGAGUCUAAUAAAGAAUUAGAACAGUGGAACGAAACACUUAAAAGUGAUGCCAUCAAGCUAUGCCAGGACAACAAUUUCAACACUGGAUUUUUUGAGUGCAGCGAUAAUAACAGUGUUGUUGAUGCAUAUGAACUGAAGGUCAGACUUGAGCACAUUCUUGAAAGGAUUGCAUUAAUCUCUGAGGCUGCAAAUACAGAGAAGCCAUCUGCUGUUACAAAUAGUCUAUUCAUUGGUGGGGCACUGGCUGCAAGAUCUGUAUACACACUGCAACACUUGGGAAUCACUCAUAUUCUGUGUUUGUGCACCAAUGAAAUUGGGCAGUCUGAUUCUCAGUUUCCUGAUCUAUUUAAGUACAAAAAUUUCUAUGUUUGUGACGAUAUAGAUUCUAACAUCAGCAGCAUAUUUGAAGAAGCCUGUGACUUUAUUGAUCAUGUUGAACAGAAAGGCCAGAGAAUUUUAGUUCAUUGCUUCGAAGGGAAAAGCAGAAGCGUCACGUUGGUCCUUGCUUACUUAAUGCUCAGGAAGAAGUUCACUUUACUAGAAGCAUGGAAUAUUCUGAAACGAGUUCAUCGUCGAGCACAACCCAAUGAUGGCUUCGCAAAGAUCUUACAGGAAUUGGAUAAGAAACUGCAUGGAAGGGUCUCCAUGGAGUGGCAGCAAAGGAAACCGAUGAUGAAGGUUUGUCCAAUUUGUGGAAAAAAUGCAGGACUAAGUAGCAGCUCGCUUAAGUUGCAUCUGCAGAAAUCCCAUAAAAAACUAUCAUCAGGGAGCGUGGAUAGUGCUAUGACGAUGGAGAUCCAGAAGGCUUUAACAGCUUUGAAAAUUAGUCGUGGCGGGAGUGUCAGCCCCACGCAAAGGCAGCCUAGUUCAAUAGUGGAUGAGUGAAUGCAAAUUGCAAAUUCAUUUUGAUGCAUAAAUGUCAACGAGGUUUAUUCAUGUCUUACAAAUUUGAUCUGUUUCCUUUUCCACCCUCUCUUCUUCUGGACGCAAGUAGAUAGGACAUGGAAAGUAGUUGAGGCAGCUUCAAAUAUGAUUUUAUACAUACAUCACUGAAAGUAUGUGCAUGUUUAUAGAACAGAUGUAACACAGUUUAUAUUGUAUAAUGAAGCCAUGCAUGUGUCCUGGUUUGCGCU